AUGAAAUUUCCUGAAGAUUAUAACUCAAAACUCGAUCGUUUUGAAAAAAUGCUUCUCCUGAAAAUUUUUCGCCCUGAAAAAAUAAUGUUUGCUAUAAAUGACUAUAUAAUAAAUUACCUCGGCUCUUUUUUCGUAGAACACCCUCCCGUUUAAAUGGAAACCAUUCACCAAGACUCCGAUUUUUAAACGCCGAUAAUUUUCGUCCUAUCAUAAGGUGCUGACCCCAGUUCUUUAAUUUUAAAUUUCGCCCAAGAAAAAGAAAUGACUUAAAAUCUCAAAAUAAUAUCCUUAGGAUAGGGUUAAGGUUAAAAAGCUGCUGUAUUGAUAGAAUAAGCAAAACAAUAAGGAAACUGGAUUUGCUUGUAAAAUUGUCACCUUGCCAGAACUUGGAUGCCUGAUCUUGAGUCUAUUAUAGACAAAAUUUCUUCUGAACAAGACGAGAAUCCCACAAAUUCAAACUUCAGAAUUUUUCUUACUUCAAUGCCUGCCAGUUAUUUCCCUGUUUCAGUCCUCUAAAACGGUAUUAAAAUAACCACUGAGCCUCCCCGUGGCCUAAAAGCCAAUUUAAAGCGCAGUUGGAAUUCCAUAAGCGAUGCUUUUCUCCAAUAAUGCACUAAAACUUAAAUUUUCCACAAGCUUACGUGGGGUUUAAUCUUCUUCCAUGCCAUAGUAUAAGAAAGAAGAAAAUUCGGUCCAUUAGGCUGGAACAUAAGAUAUGAAUUCAACGACUCUGACCUUGAAACAUCCACUACAAUGAUGAAAAUGCUUCUAAACGAGUAAGAAUAAAUUCCAUGGGACGCCCUUCUUUUUGUAAUUGGUGAAAUAAACUACGGCGGCCGAGUAACAGACGAUUGGGACAGGAGAUGUUUAAAAACAAUUCUUAAAAAAUUCUAUAUAAAAGAAGCUUUAGAAGACACUUAUUAGUUCUCCCAAUCUAAAAUCUACUAAAUCCCCAAAAUAGGUUAAAUAGCAGAUUAUAUAUAAUAUAUAGAAUCCCUCCCUCUAAACGAAGACCCUGCAGUUUUCGGAAUGAACGAAAACGCAAAUAUAACCUUUUAAGACUAAGAAUCAACAAAAAUAAUUGACACAAUACUAUCGAUAUAACCCAGAAUAUCUAGCGGAUCUUCAAGCGGGCAGACUCCAGAUUAAAUUGUCUAAACAUUAGUCAAAAGUAUAACAGAAGGCCUACCUAAUAUACUUUAAAGAUCCGAAGGUAAUAAAGAUAUAUUCGAAACAGAUCAAAAGGGUUUAAUUCCUUCCUUAUCAACUGUUUUAUUAUAAGAAAUGACUAAAUUUAAUACUUUAUUAAGUUAAAUUAAAAGAACAUUAAUAGAUCUAGGUAAAGCUAUAGAAGGUGAAAUUGUAAUGUCUUUUGAACUUGAUUAAACUUAUUAUUCAUUAUUAAAUAAUUAAGUACCUAACAUUUGGUAAAAAGUAGCUUAUCCUUCUUUAAAGCCUUUAGCCUCCUGGAUAAUAGAUCUAAAAGAAAGAGUUUCUUUUAUUUAAAAAUGGCUAGUGGAUGGAUAUACGGUUUGUUAUUGGAUUUCUGGGCUGUUUUUCCCUUAAGGAUUUAUUACUGGAGUUCUUUAAACCCAUUCAAGAUAACAUCAAAUUGCUAUUGAUAGGCUUUCUUUUAAUUUCAGAAUACUUGAUAUAGAAAAAGAAGUUUGUACAAUUAAACCUACUGAUGGUGUUUAUAUUUAUGGAUUAUUUUUAGAAGGUGCUUCAUGGGAUAGAUAAAAAAGAACUUUAAUUGAUGUUAAAUCAGGUGAAAAAACAUGUAUUAUGCCAAUAAUUCAUUUUUCUCCAACUGAUAAAUAUAAAGAAAAACCAGAUAAUUAUAUAUGUCCUAUUUAUAAAACUUCUCUUAGAGCUGGUGUACUUUCUACAACAGGAUAAUCUACUAAUUUUGUUUUAACUGUUGAUUUACCUUCAUUAGAUUAAUAUCCGGAUUUCUGGAUUUUAAGAGGGACAGCUUUAAUAUGUUAACUUAACUAGUGA